AUGCCAGUAAAAUCACCAUUUGCAGAAUGGAUAAGAAAUCACCCAUUGCCAGCAAACAUGAAAUACCCAACACACCUAGGGACAUAUAAUGGCAAGGACGACCCAGAUGAUUUCCUGCAAAGGUUUGAGGGGACAGCAGAAAUGCAAAACUGGGUCGAACCAGUGGCGUGUAAAGCAUUCAGAAUGGGGUUAACAAGUGACGCAAGAGAAUGGAUGGGUAGCCUAACGGAAGGAUUGAUAAACAACUUCGAUGAACUCAAAACAAAGUUUUUAUCGCACUUCUGUCAACAGAAAAAGCACAAGAAGACACAUGUGGCAGCCCACAAUAUCAAACAAAGAGAAAAUGAAACCUUUAGGGACUUCAUAGAAAGAUUCACCGUGGAAUCACAAGAAAUCACAGGUCUAGUAGAGCCACAGAGGGUUUCUGGGCUAAUACACGGUUGUCGAAAUAGAGAAUUGGUCGAAUGCUUAAAUACAGAUUUAGCAGAGACAUUCGAUGAAGCAAAGAAAAAAGCCUACAAAUUCCUGGACACAAAAGAAAUCAGAGCAAGUAAUUUGGAUGAUACAAGGUACAAAAAAGGAAAGUGGCAAUCAAACAAAGAUCAGCAACGAUACAGCCCAUAUAAUAGAGAAGAAAAGAGAAGAGAUUAUAACAUAUCAUUGCCAGAGAUGACAAAAACUCCAAAGGAAAUAUUACUCACAGAGGCAGUAGGGAAAACAUUCCCCACCCCAUCAAAGUUAAGUGAAAGGGGAAGAAGGGAUAAAGAUAAAUAUUGUGAUUUCCACAAUGAUACAGGACACGAUACCAAUUCGUGUAUACAAUUGAAGAAAGCCAUUGAUGAAGCCAUUAAAACAGGAAAAUUGGCGCAUCUGGUAAAAGAAAUCCGACAACAAGGAAAGCCAAAAGCAGAUGAGUCUGGGGAGCAGAAAAACAACAAUACCCAGGCAACAAUCUAUACAAUCAGACGAGAAAGACAAGUCGAGAAGAUAAAGGGAGUUGAUGCACUAAUCCAAAGCGUAGGAGAAAUCUCAUUUCCACCAAUACUGGGAACAAAUGUCUCGGACGACCCAAUAGCGAUCAAAGCAAUACUGCAGGAAAGAUGGGUAGACAAGAUCCACAUCGAUGAUGGAAGCGAUUGCAAUAUACUAUAUGAGCAUGCAUUCCCAAGGGAUAACCCACUCCUGCGUAUCUUAUCAUCACCCCCAGGGACUCGGCUAAUAAGUUUCUCUGGUGAUAAAACAGAGCAUGCGGGAAAAGUUACCCUAGCAGUCACAAUUGUUGUAGGACCACGUAGGAGGACAGAGGAGCUAACGUUUAUGCUAAUCAAAGGACCCUCGCCCUACAAUGCAAUCCUGGGGAGACCAGCACUACAAAAGUUUGGGAUGAUACCCUCCGUCAUACACAACAUGGUCAAGUUUCAAACGGAGGAUGGGAUAGCAAGCAUCCGGGGAAGUUAUGAGCCACCCAGAGUUCAUGGACAAACUGGCACCAGUAUGCCAACAAAGAAAAGGAGGCUAGGAAGAGAAGAAGGGGAACUUGCAAAUACAUUCCACAAAAUGGAAAUAAAAAAGCAAGAAGACCCAGAACUCGAAAAUAGCACUCACAAAGCAGAAUAA